GAGCAGGAGAAGGAGCAAGAGCCCCGCGGCCGCCGGAGCAGGAGGAGGAGGAGGAGGAGGAGGAGGAGCCGAGCUCCCGCGGCGGAGCAGGAGCCGAUGGUCAGAGGAGCCCGGCAGCCCCAGCAGCCGCGGAGUCGCCUGGGCCCCAGACUGACUGGCACAGUGGAGAAACCACCUCGAAAACGGAAAAGCAGGACCGAAUUUGCUCUGAAAGAAAUCAUGUCCUCUGGAGGUGCUGAAGAUGACAUCCCACAGGGAGAGCGGAAAACUGUGACCGAUUUUUGUUACCUUCUGGAUAAAUCUAAGCAGCUGUUCAAUGGGUUAAGAGAUUUGCCACAAUACGGGCAGAAGCAGUGGCAGUCCUAUUUUGGAAGAACUUUUGAUGUUUAUACCAAACUCUGGAAGUUCCAGCAGCAGCACCGACAAGUCUUGGAUAAUCGAUAUGGCUUGAAACGGUGGCAAAUUGGGGAAAUUGCUUCUAAGAUUGGGCAGCUAUACUACCAUUAUUACCUACGCACAUCUGAGACCAGCUACCUGAAUGAGGCCUUCUCAUUCUACUCUGCAAUCAGACAGAGAUCAUAUUAUUCACAAGUCAAUAAAGAGGACAGGCCUGAGCUAGUAGUCAAGAAACUCCGCUACUAUGCGAGAUUCAUAGUAGUGUGUCUUCUUCUCAACAAAAUGGACGUCGUGAAGGAUCUGGUAAAGGAAUUAUCAGAUGAAAUUGAGGAUUAUACUCACCGUUUCAAUACAGAAGAUCAAGUAGAAUGGAACCUGGUGCUUCAAGAAGUAGCAGCUUUCAUUGAGGCUGACCCUGUAAUGGUAUUAAAUGAUGACAAUACUAUUGUUAUCACUUCUAAUCGCCUUGCUGAAACAGGAGCCCCGUUGCUGGAACAGGGCAUGAUUGUGGGACAGUUGUCUCUGGCUGAUGCACUCAUCAUUGGCAAUUGUAACAACCAGGUGAAGUUCAGUGAACUAACCGUCGACAUGUUUCGGAUGCUACAAGCCCUGGAAAGGGAGCCCAUGAAUUUAGCUUCCCAGAUGAAUAAGCCAGGAAUGCAGGAAUCAGCUGACAAACCUGCACGACGAGAAAACCCUCACAAGUAUCUGCUCUACAAACCAACCUUCAGCCAAUUGUAUACAUUCUUAGCAGCCUCUUUUAAGGAGCUGCCUGCCAAUAGCGUGCUUCUGAUUUACCUGUCAGCCACUGGCGUUUUCCCCACAGGUCGUUCUGAUAGUGAAGGUCCUUAUGACUUUGGAGGGGUACUAACUAAUAGUAACCGGGAUAUUAUAAAUGGAGAUGCCAUCCACAAACGAAAUCAGGCCCACAAGGAAAUGCACUGCCUCCAUCCUGGGGAUCUCUAUCCUUUCACCAGGAAGCCCCUGUUUAUCAUUGUGGACUCCUCCAACAGCGUCGCAUAUAAGAAUUUCACAAACUUAUUUGGACAGCCACUAGUCUGCUUGCUUUCUCCUACAGCGUACCCAAAAGCUUUGCAAGAUCAGUCACAACGAGGUAACCUCUUCACUCUCUUUUUGAACAAUCCGCUAAUGGCCUUCCUAUUUGUCUCUGGAUUGUCAAGCAUGCGUAGAGGCCUAUGGGAAAAGUGUCAAGAGUAUCUUCGAAAAAUCAACCGAGAUAUUGCCCAGCUACUGACCCAUUCCCGUUCAAUAGAUCAAGCAUUUCUCCAGUUUUUUGGAGAUGAAUUUCUUCGCUUGCUUCUCACAAGAUUUAUCUUUUGUUCGGCCACCAUGCGAAUGCACAAGAUUUUUCGGGAAACACGAAAUUACCCGGAAUCCUAUCCACAGCUGCCAAGGGAUGAGACAGUGGAGAACCCUCAUCUCCAGAAGCAUAUUUUGGAGUUAGCGUCCAUUCUGGAUGUUCGAAAUGUGUUCCUUGAGAACACCAUAGACGACUACUAAGACUCACAUCCUCUCGUUGAAACAAUUUUUCAUUUGCCACAGAUUAUAAAUGGUGCCGUUUUUUAAUGUGAUAACAGACACAUAGUGGUGUUACUUAGUUUUUAUUUUUUAAUUUAAGACCACCAUUUUAAAAAACAAACUGAAAAAAAAAGUUCAACUUUUAGGAUAACUUUUAAAAAUACAAUAUUUCAGGUCUUUUAAAAUAACUCAAUCUUGGAAUUUUUAUUUUUUGGUUUGAGGUAUGGAUUAUUUCCAACAUUAAUCCUAUGCUCAAAAUAACCACUAUUCUCGCCCUGAGAAGAGUAAAUCAUUUAUUUUUGUAUAAUGAGGAAAAUUCAGCUCUUGGACUUUAAAUGUGUGGAUUUGGAAAUAAUGUAAUUGUUUGCCAAGAUGAAACUAGACAGCAUGGACUACUAAAGUCAAGAACGGUCUUUUCCAUAAUAUCUCUUUUUCAUUCCAAGAGAGUAGAUAGAAAGUUGUGUGACUCUUUGAAGCAUAAUCAAGACAGUUCUUAAGAUCAUUUUCCUUCAUUUAAACACUCAACAUUUCCAAAAUCAUGUGGAAUUGAUGUACUGAACCUGAAAGCUAAAUCUUUCAAUUAAGGCCUUGAGAUGAUGUAUUAUUUGGGGUGUGGGAGUCCUGAGUUAUCAUGAGUUAAUGUUGCCAUAUUCUGUUUCCUUUGUAGUCUGUGAAUGCUGGAAAUAUAAAAGAGUGGUUUUUAAAUAUUUCAAUCAAAAAGUCAGAUUGUUGACUUCGAAGUUUCCAUACAAUUCUGCUUACAGUCUUAGUUCCUACCAUUAGAUGUCAAGGCUGUCAGGAUUGAAGUUCAUGGUACACAGUGCAGUGUUUGGCAUCUUUUUGCUUAGAGGUCAGAGACAUUAUUGAUUUCAGUUAGGGGUAGCAGGAUUGCUAUCGAGUCAAAAAUAGAAGUCGCUUUUGCAUCGACAACUUCAAAAUACAGUUUUUUUAAACUCCUUGUAUUUACUAUUUUAUAUUCAUGCAUAAGGGUGUUUUAUUUUUUUUAAUUAAAUAGGACUUGGUACAUAGUUAUCUUUCUUGUUUCUUUUUUCCUUUGACUCCACAGCUUUCAAGUAAAAAAAAAAUCUAUGAAUCAGAAUCCCUUUAGCUAAUUUUCUAUACAGGCUCACUUUCUACCUCUGACAGUCCCAGGGGAAAUGAGGUGUUUGCUUUUGGUGCCUCUUUCCUGUAUCCCUGGGGGAAUUUUACUGUAGUAUUUUUAGCUCAGUUUUUAUUUCUGGUAUAGAGAGUUAUUUGGGCCUGAGUUAACUCACAUACCCAUUCCAAUUUGCUGAUUUUUUUCAUCUGAAGUCUUGAGGUUAUUUCCUGGGCUUGGAGGGACUUUGCUGUUUAAUUAUUAAAUUCUUUUGUCUGUCCUUUUUUAUUAUUUGAGAACAGUUUAUCCCAGAGAGAGAUUUCUCUUGCUAGUGAUUUUUCUUGAUCCAAGUCUGUCUUUUUAAAAUAUUUUAUUUUUUUAGUAUCCUUACCCUCAUAUUAGCAGACUUUCUUUAGUUGUCUGGCCUGUUGUUUCAAGUCCACUUUAGUUCUGUGCCAUAAUGCUUCUAAUUUAAAAAAAAAAAAAAAAAAAAGACAUGACUUUUCCUGCUCUCUGAUGCUUAAAAUAGUAUUUCUUAUCCUGAGCUUUGAACUUAUUGGUUCAGCAUAAAGAACAGAGAUCUGAGAACUAGGAGAUCUGAGUUCUGAUCCUCCCUCUUCUGGUAACUAGCUUUAUGUUUGCUAACAGGUAUGUUCAUGUCUCUGCUUUUUAAUUCUCUUAACUGUAAAAGGAAGUUGUUGACUCAAGGUUCUUUCCAGUUCUUUGGUUCUAUAAUUUGAACUCUUGGUUCCAAAAGAUAGUGAUUUUUUUUCUACUCAUGCGCUUGGAAAAAUUUAUUUUAGUGCACACAUCUUCCCUUUUCUAGACUAAUACAGUCUAAAUUUUGUUGAAGGUGAUAUGUCGAUCCCAUUUAAUCAUUGAAUCUAGUUCAGAGGAAGACUCUCCUAGAGAAAUUAGAACUUGUGUGACUAGAAGCAUGCUUGUUCAAGUGCAUGGGGACUUAAGAAUCAAAGCUAGUGUUUAGAUGAUAACAAAGCCACUUAAACCAGUAGUAGUAGAAUAGUAAUUAAAAUAAAAGUGAAUUGAAGUCUUCAGUGAGAGGAAAUAUGUCCUAUAAAGUUCUAAACUUGUUUCAUUAUGCCUUCUCAAAUGUUGAAAAUUUCAAAAUAGUACAUAUUUUGUUCUAGGCAUAGUUAUCUAAUCAAGUAGACUAAAAUUCAUCGUCUUUAUGAAGCUUACAUUCUAGUAGGAGGAGAUAGGUAAUAAAAUAAAUAAGUACAUUUUUAUUAGAAGGUUUUAACUAAUAUGAAGAAAAUGUAAGCAAGGAAAUCUUCCUUUUCUUUUUGGGCAAAAGUGAUAUGUAAGUGAGUAUCAGGGUAGACCUUAUUGAGGCAGAUUACCUGUGUGCUCGUUUUAAAUAGACACAGGGUCUAAUGUGCCCUCUUGACCUAUUACCCAGCUUCUAUCUAAUGCAUCAUUUAUUUUGUAGAAUUUUAAGACAUUAAAUCAAAGAAGAAGAACUGUAAAAGGACAAUCAAAAGAUGGAUGCAAGUUUGCAAUGGCAAGGAAUUCCUUUUUUUUUUUUUAGUGCAUACCAUCCCUUUAUAAAAAUACUAAACCCUAUACUUGUUUUUAAAAUUCAUAGAAAUUUAAAUCUUGGGAAAGAGCAAAGCAGUGGCAAAGAGCACUUCUUUGUUAUCAAAUUGCACAAAUCCCCCCCUCCCCCUGGAGAUUCUGAUACAGUCUCUGGCCUCCCUUAAGAAUCAUAGUGAACAAAAGAAAAGUGUAACUUUGCAAGAAGUCAGUUGUACACAAAACAAAACUAAGCACAAUGAAAUUUCUUUCUCUUGAUCCAUCUAUGUGUGAAGUUGGUAAAAAGCAACCAGAUACUUAUUUUACAGAAGAGAAAGCUGAGACCCAAAAAAACUACCCACAAGGAUAGAGCUAGAACUAAAGCUACAUCUUCUGAUCUCUGCCCUGUCUUUCCAGUAGCUCAGGUAGCUUUCUAUAAUGAGCAAGAAGGAAAUAAUUAAAUAUUUAUUUUUUUGGCACAAAAGGCUAUGGUAUUUUUUUAGUAUAUCAAAUAAUGAAACCCAGUGAAACAGUCUUCCCUACCAAAUUUUUAAUUAUAGAAAACCCAUAAUAUAGAUAUUUUGUCUUUAAUUUCUUUUUCCCCAGCAUGACUUCUUUAUAUCUUUUGUGUUCAUCCUAAUAAGUGGUGCUCUCCAAAAACCUCUCAAAGCACAUAAGAAUUUAUUGUAUGCUUUCUAAUUUUUAACCAAGAUGAAAUGUUUUUGAAAUUAUAAAACAAAGUGCAAUCUAGUCCUACUACAUUUUCCUGAUUUAGGAUCUGGAUUUGAUUUUUUUUUUUUUUCUCGCUGUGGCUACUGUCCUUUACUUUCUUCUUGGCAAUAAAUUCUCUGAAACAGAUUAGGUUAGAGUCUGAUUAUGGAAUUAUUUCAGAUGACUGCAUUUCCCUGAGGCAAAUCAGUAAGCAACAAAUCUAAUUUUGUAUGCGUUAUAGAGUUUUCUUGAGCAUUCUUCUCCAAGUUUCUUCUCUGACCUAUGUAUGUAACUUUUUGUCUCUUAGAAGGGCUUUGGAACUCACUUGAAAAAUCUUGUACUUAGUUCAUCCACAGUGACAUGUAAUCAGCUUCCUAUACAGAGAACAUUCUGGAGUGGAGAUAGCGUAAGGUACUGAAGUCUGCGAACUUGGUUUUGGUCAGGGAUUUCAGAAUCACAUCCCACCCUAGCGAGUAAAAAGUUAUGGUAUGAAUAUGAAUAGAAUGAAUGUUCUGGUGGUACUUGGGGUAUAUUGUGUGUUCCUGUAUGUUCGGAGAGCAUAAAGGAUAUUUACAUUGAGGGCUCUUUUGUUGACCUUAUUUAUUUUAAAUUCUUAUUUGUAAUGGCAUGUGUAUAUUUUUGUGAUGCUAAAUGCGAUUUGUGUAUACUUUUUGUAUAUAUGUACAUAGUUGUAAAUAUAUUGGUAUUCAAUGAUACAGUAUGUGUAUAUUAUAUACCCA